AUGGAUGUAAGGUGCAUUAUUCCAGUGAAUACUCUUCAAGAAAUCAAUUUUCAGAAAUAUCGGCUAUUCAAAAUUAAUCUCACUCCUCACCUUUGGCUACUAGCAAAAACAUCUUUCUCGGUAAACAAUUGGGAUAAUUUGAUUUUUUAGGAUUUUAAAAAAAAUCCACUUGCAUAUAUUUGAAAUGAAAAAUCUUUAAAACCAAUAUUUUAGGAUGCAAGAUAUAAGAUUUUUAUUUAAACAAUUGGAGAAACCAUUAUUAUAAUCAUUAAUUAUACAAAAACAUUUUAACAAAAAAAUUUCAUUUAAAAAUGGUUUGAUCGAUAACGAAGGAAUGAAAAGGGGUACUUGCCCUAAAAAGUUUCUUCUAAUGCUUUAUUUGCUAGCCAAGGGGAGUCAGGAACCAACUUGCUGCAAAUUCAUCAAAACGUUUAAAGCAUCGAAGUAUUCAUACCUCAGUAAGCUUUGGAGAGCAAACUAGUUUUGAAAAAAGUGAAGAAAAACCUCCACAAAAGCAUGUGGAAAUCAAAACCCAUAACAUAGAAAAAAGAGAUAGUAUUGAUAUCAAUGGAACUUCUUCACAAGACACUGAUAGAAUUAAUUUAUCUCAAUUAUUAAGUAAGGAAUACGAUUUAUUUACAAAGGAAUAUGAAAAACCUGACAGGAAAAAAAUAUCGCCAAAAUAUAGAGAAAUAGUUGAAAAAAUCACUCCAGUGAAAUAUAUGAGGAGAAAAUGUGCAUUUAAUGGAAGCAGGCUUAGAGGACAAAAUAGUCCAAUUGAUACAAAUAUUUCGAUAGUUGGAAGACCUCUAUCUUGUGCGUUGGGAAAAAGAAAUAAAAAUCAAAAAAGACCAAAAUCAUCUCUAGAUUUUACUCCGGGGUUAAAGAAAAGUAAAAAUGAAAAUAUUGGAGAAUUAAGCUCAAAAUCUUUUAUAGGCUGAGAAUGCUUAGGAAGUCGUCCAGGAACUUGUUCGCCUGAUAUUCAGAUCCCAUUUAAAAUUUCUACUGAUAAAUCUAAUAGAAAUGCUUCAAAAGACUUAUUCAAUUUUAAACCGAAGUCAAAAAGGGAAAAUCAUAACAGUUCCUAUAGUUUUAGCCAAGUUGCUCACAAUAUUUCCAAAUAUGGAUCUUCUAGAAAAACCCUGAUUUAA